GGCAGCAUGACAUGUUCAACAGCAUCCCUGAGCUCUCCACCACUUCUCUUCAUUUCAGCACUCUCAAGAUUCAGAUUCACCUCCCGUGCCAAAACAUGUCUUGCUGCAUCCCAUCUUGUGGCCCAUCCUGCGCCAUCCCGUCUUGCGCCUCAAAACCUGUCAUUGGUCUCGGACGGUGUGGUGUCGGCUCUGGAUAUGGGGGCAUUGGCUAUGGAAGCCUUGGAGGCGGUGGCGCAGUCUCAGCCAGCAGCCUCGGGGUGCUGUCUGGAGUCCACCCCUCGUGCGUCAACCAAAUCCCACCAUCUGAAGUGGUGAUCCAACCACCUCAGGUCGUUCUGACCAUCCCUGGACCCAUCCUGUCUGCCAGCUGUGAGCCCUUGGCAGUCGGAGGCUACUCACCAUGUGCUUCUGGAGGUUAUGGAGGUUACGGAGGUUACGGAUAGGUUAUGGAGGGGGCUAUGGACGCCUUGGGAAGCAUCUGUGGACCAAGACAUAGACAAAGCAUCUGCAAGUACCCCUGCUAAACCCAAGCUCAGCCAUGAUGGUCUGAACAACCAGGAACUGUCAAGACAAAGAAGAAUCCAUGCCUGAAUCCAUAGUGUUUCAGGUGUUGUGCAUACCUGGCUGAGGUUCAAGGUGUUCUUCACCUGUGAGAACCAAGCCCAGGUAUCUGUCUCUUGCUCUCUGCUGUUUCAUCCUGUAACACAGGGGUGGAUAACCUUGCUGCUUCUUUCAGUGUGGGGGCUGCAUUCAGGGUGGGAGGGCUCCAUGCCCUUGGUGGUUGUGGCAACACCCCUGCUUACACAUAGACACAUUCAUUGACACACACAGGAUACAAACAUACACAGGACACACAAACAUGGGGCACACAGAGUGACCUAGCUCCAGCGUCCAAAUGUUUGUGUUUGCUGUCACCACCCAAAUUGGUGGAAUCCUGGGGACAGGGGUUCUAGCUCGUCCUUGAACAGGUAUCUGCCACCCCUGCUAGAAUAUGUUUGUACAACUUGUUUGCACUCGCUAGAGCCAGAGGAUCAAAGCACAGCACAUCAAUUUAUUUCUCCUUCUGCUUGAUCACUGUUCUUGCUCUUGUUGUAUAAAUUACUGUUGGAACAUGUAUCCUUUUGAUUUCCCUAUUUACUAUUAAA